AUGGAUAAGUGUGACCAGCAAAACAUUGCAUUUCUACAUUACAGAAGGAUAAAGAGGUGUCUUGCACGAACAGCAAAAGAACCCGCUCGGAGCGCCAACAUAGUAGCGCUCGGCCGUAACCUCCGAAGGUCAGACCGAUUCUGGGAUCUUCCAAGUCGGUGCUUGAGAAUAAGAGCUCUGACUGGAAGAGAGCAUAGAUCAUAUCCAUGUAAUAGAUGUGUUGUAUUAUUAGAAGACAUUAGUGCAGCAGGAGCGGUAUAUUCCAGGGAUUCCAACUCGGAGGAUUCAGAUACUGGGCCACAAGUACAAGAGCUAGCACAGUAG